GUAAUAUUGGGUAUCUAGCCCUUUAAGCAGAGUAUAAGUCUCUGCCCAGUUGUUAUAUGUAUAUUUCCCACUUCUUCAUAAAUAGUCCCAUUGAUUUUAAAAGAAUAGUUUUCCAGCACAACAGUAAAUACACGUGUGGUGAUUCUCCUCGCCCCCACUUUGUGCUUUAGCACUAACCUUUAUUAUAUAAUUACAAAAAAACUAGGAAGAGAAUUGUACAAUGUAGAUAUUAAACACAUUGUUCUCUGAGUAAAGUCUGAUAAUAAGAGGUACCUAAACCGCUGAAUUAUUUUAUUUAUUUAUGGGAGGGAGUGCUUCCUAUAAAAAUAUAUACCUAAGAAUCUUUUCUUACAUUGCAUACACUUGCUAUUAUAUUGAAAUAAUAGUUGUGUGGUGUUUACAUUUAUGAUUUGAUUCAUUUCUUUUGAAGAUCCCAUUGCUGUUUAACCUUGGCUUUGCUUACUCAGGUUGUUGGCAAAAGCGUGCAGUUGCAUCAGAUCUUGCUAUAUUAACUAAAUGAAAAUAUUGGAUGUCAGAAUUUUUCUUAAGCAAUUCAUGGCUUUUGUGUUCAUUCUUUACAUAAUCAGCUUCAUAGGGAAAGUUAUUUUCAAAACAAUGUAAACUGGUAAUUUUUCUGUAGUUAUUUGUGUCUGGUCUUUCAAAGGCAAAAGUGGCCCAUUUUGACUCUGAUUUUGUAAUCUACUGUGGCUUCAGUAGCUUUAACCCUUCCUCCCAGUACCCUUUCCCCUCAUUUGGAGGUAGGGGCACAGGUCCAGUAUUUAGCUGAGGACUGGUAGAGUAUAUAGCAUAAUAGCUUCAUUAGGUGUUUUUCCCCAUAUUAGGUCUGAACAAAUCUGAGUUUGUGACACAACUAAUAAUAACAAAUUUGUUUAGUGCAUUACAGUUCUUGAGAAUAUGUAGUUUCACAUACAUUGUUUCCAUAUGUUGUUUUCAUUUGAUGUUAAAUACUGAUUUCACAAAUCCAUUUCAAAAUAGAGUAAAAUGCUUGAACCAGUAAGGGGAACCAGCCUUGUGAAUCAGAAUUUGCCUCUGUGUGGGAAGUCAGCAGGACCAGAUGCCCUUUCUUUUCUGGCUCUGCAUUAUCUCUUGACAUCUUGCUAUGUGUGCCGAUCCAACAAAAGCCCCUGGGUCUGUUUGACUUGUUCAAGUGUCCACUGUGGAAGGUAUGUGAAUGGCCAUGCAAAAAAGCAUUAUGAAGAUGCACAAGUACCCUUAACCAACCAUAAGAAAUCAGAAAAACAAGAUAAAGCUCAGCACACAGUGUGUAUGGAUUGUAGUAGCUACAGUACAUACUGUUAUCGCUGUGAUGAUUUCGUGGUUAAUGACACCAAGCUGGGACUGGUACAGAAAGUCAGAGAGCAUUUACAGAACUUGGAAAACUCAGCUUUCACAGCUGACAGGCAUAGGAAAAGAAAACUUUUGGAAAACUCAUCACUAAACAGCAAGUUACUAAAAGUAAAUGGAAGCACCACUGCCAUUUGUGCCACAGGCCUUCGGAAUUUGGGGAACACGUGUUUUAUGAAUGCCAUCCUUCAGUCACUCAGUAACAUUGAACAGUUUUGCUGUUAUUUCAAAGAACUGCCUGCUGUGGAGUUAAGGAACGGGAAGACGGCUGGAAGGCGAACGUACCACACCAGGAGCCAAGGAGAUAACAAUGUGUCUUUGGUGGAAGAGUUUAGAAAGACACUGUGUGCUCUAUGGCAAGGCAGCCAAACUGCAUUUAGCCCAGAGUCCUUAUUUUAUGUUAUUUGGAAGAUUAUGCCGAAUUUUAGGGGCUACCAGCAGCAGGAUGCCCAUGAAUUCAUGCGCUACCUUUUGGACCAUCUGCACUUGGAACUCCAGGGUGGUUUCAACGGUGUUUCUCGCUCAGCAAUUCUGCAGGAGAAUUCUACCCUGUCUGCAAGUAACAAAUGUUGCAUAAAUGGAGCCUCUACGGUUGUCACGGCCAUGUUCGGAGGCAUUCUCCAGAACGAGGUCAACUGCCUCAUAUGCGGGACAGAAUCUAGGAAGUUCGAUCCAUUCCUAGACCUUUCAUUAGAUAUUCCAAGUCAGUUCAGAAAUAAGCGCUCUAAGAAUCAAGAAAAUGGACCAGUUUGUUCCUUACGAGAUUGUCUUCGCAGUUUUACCGACUUAGAAGAACUUGAUGAGACGGAGUUAUAUAUGUGCCACAAAUGCAAAAAGAAACAAAAGUCCACUAAAAAGUUUUGGAUUCAAAAACUACCCAAGGUGCUAUGCUUACAUUUGAAAAGAUUUCAUUGGACAGCAUAUUUAAGAAACAAAGUUGACACAUAUGUAGAGUUUCCACUGAGGGGCCUAGACAUGAAAUGCUACUUGCUAGAGCCCGAGAACAGCGGCCCCGAGAGCUGCCUGUACGACCUGGCGGCGGUGGUGGUGCACCAUGGGUCCGGGGUGGGUUCUGGACAUUACACAGCAUAUGCAACUCAUGAAGGCCGCUGGUUCCACUUCAACGACAGCACUGUAACACUGACUGAGGAGGACACCGUGGGGAAGGCCAAGGCCUACAUUCUGUUCUACGUGGAGCGCCAGGCCAAAGCAGGGUCGGAUAAACUUUAAUGCCUCCUCCAGAUCUUACUCAUCACCGAUGCCGGACAGACAUUUCCAAUUUUCCAUAAAUACUUGAUCCAAGAUGUAAUUUCAUUAUGCACUUUUCAAUUUCCUAUUUUGGGUUUAGUUUUAUUUUGUCAGUGGUAGUGACUUAUUGAACAUGGGCACCAACUAAUUUUUUUUAGUUCUACCAGAAAACCUCAGCAGAUAUUUUGAUUUGCUGCUUUAGUUGUAAUAAUUCAGUUUUUAUAUGUAGUUCCAAGAACUUAGUUCUAUUUGACUUUUUUAUAUUAAUGUUUCGGUUCUCACUCUGAGGCACAUUUACAUCGAUGCUUCAUUGCUCUCACGCCGACAGCAAGGUGUGUUCCUGGCUGAAGAACAGCGUGGCUGCCUGCUGCCCUUCACAGCUGUGCUGCCGAGAAUCACGUGUGUGUGACUUGUGGCCCACGAGAUUGCAGCGACUGCUCAGCAACCGCUUUCUGCCUAUACAGGUAGCUGAGGGGGCAUCGUCAAGUAGACCCGGUGACUGAUGCUCUUGAUCCCUCUCAAGGCUGCUGUGUCUCAGCACUAACUAAGUAACUGUUGGUUUGGUGGUAUCUGUACUGAAAAUUCAAGAAUUACCCUGUUGGAUUUUUGGUUUUGAGGUAUUUUGUAAAUGUGAGUUUUCAUGGAGAAGAUAGGAGUACAGAAAAUACCAAAUACAUUUAGUGUCUAAAAAGCCCUGUGACUCAGGACAUGGUGUAGGUGUUAUCCAGUGAGAUGCGAACAUCGAAUUCGCCUUAGUUGUAGCCCGGGGCUGACUGCACGUGCGCUUUAGUCCCACUCCUUGCUUGGCCUGCCCCCGGCGUUUAUUUACCGUCAUCUACUCUUCAGGUAACACUGGGGCUGGCUUCUGCGGAAGGAGGUGAGAGUCCUUACGACCGUUUCAUAAACCCAUUGGCUUAUCCAGAUAGCAGGGCAAGUUGAAAAUAUUCUCACUGUGACUAGGUAGUUUCUGUUUCUAGUAGUCUCUUUUAAAAAAUUUCAAGAAAGAUAACUAUUUAGAUUUAACUAAAAUUGAAAUUUGGAACUAGAAUCCCAUCAAAUUCCACAUUUCCUCACAGCAGACCACAUCCACUAAACACUUUUUUUUUUUUUUUAAAGAUCUUACUGGCUUUAUUCAGUAAUUCAUGAAUCAGGCAGCAUCCCAUCCAGUAAAUAGAAAGGUGCCCCAUCUGCUAAACACUUUAACAUGACUAGCAGCAGACUAAAAUCAUGUCUGACAUUGUCCUACCCAGUAUGGUGGUCACUAGCCACACAUUAAAAUUAAGAACUCAGUUCUUCAGUCAACACCAGCCACAUUUCAGGCACGCAAGAGCCACAUGGUGUAGUACUGCGCAGACCCAAGACGUUUCCAUCAAUGUGUAGUUUUCUUGGAUGGUGCUGGUCUAAAUUUUCACUCCAGAGAAAAAAGCUUUGCUGUCAUGUUUAGGGCUUACAGCUUAGUCUAGGAGAUAAUUAAGAGGGGAACAUGUAUUUAAAAUGGUUCACAAUGCUAAAUUACAUUAUGUGAACCACAAGAAAUUGUCAUAUUUGACAGUUUUUAAUCUACGAAAAUGAGUUUCACUUAAUUUUAUCUAAUAUAUCAAUCCAUUAACACCACUGCUCUGAUCUUGCUGAGCAUCUCCUAUGAGCCCAGGCUCUUCUGCUGUAGAAGGUGCCAGCUGUGGCUUCUAACACUUGCACAUAGGUCGGGAGUCUGAGUGGGCAGCUGUGACUUUAGCAGUAAAGACUUGGGCAGUGUUGAUGUUGGUGGAGAAAAGCUAUCUUUUUAUACCAGAUGGAAUUUAGCAACAGACUGGACUUUGUUGGGGAAAGUGGUCCUCAGACAGGCGGCACUAUUGGCUUAAGAGAUGAACACAUCUCCUCUUUGAAUUUCUGUAGUGUUUUUAUUGCUUGAUUUUACUUGAGCAGAACUGUUUAAAUAUCAUGAAAGCUCUUUGAUAAAGUGGAUCCAUUUGAAUUGUGCACUUACCAGUGAUGUAAAUGUGCCUGUUUGUAUUUUAAAAUUUAAGUGUGUAGCCUUAUCACAUCUACUUUAAAAGCUGACCUUUUUGUGCUCUUCAGGGCUUUCCCUGAGCCUUGCUUUCUCUGGCGGGUGGCUCCUUGCUCAGAGCUCUGCUGAGCAGGGCCUCAUGCUGAGUCACAUGGCUCCUUGGACAAAAAACCUCUCUCAGAAGUCCUCCCACGUAUGUGGGUGAUAGAACAGUUUGUGGCAACACAAAUCUCUCUCCAUGGUGGAGAAACCUUUGCUAAUCCACUGUAUUCUACUCAGUGUCUAGUGAUGACAAAUGUAAUAGAAUUAAACCAGUCAAGUGUACUGGCUCCAGUUGAGUUAAAUGUGUAUCUCACCUGUGGAACCUACUCAGCAGCUUGGUUUCUGGGGUUGGGGACAUAUUUAUUUCUUAAAGCCAAACCUCCUUCAUUGGUUUAGUGUACAUACAUCUAUUUAGACAUACUUACCCCACUUCAACCUCCCUGGCCCCUACUCUCUCAGUCCCUGAUGUUGCUGAAGUGGCCUCUUCACUCGGGCCCUGGAGAAGCGCAUGAGCGAAGUCUGUUCCUGCACCCAGAGUGUGGGUCCAGGUGACCGAGUGCAGCCACAGGAACGCGCCCGCAGCACAGGGAGAGGUGGGCACGGGUGGUGUCAUUGUAGCCCAGGUCAGAGUGUGCCAGACUCCAGACUGCCCUCUGCACGUGUUGGUUGUGCUGUGAUGUAAUCAUUUGCCAUUAAACCUAGUUUGUAUGAUGCCGAGAGGAUUAAUUGUGCAAGUGACUGAUUUCAUUUAAGUUGUAAUCACAUCCCUUUUCUGCUUCACUUGAACUGUUUUAUGGAAAGUAUCAUUAAAAGUCUGGUCUCUUUC